AAACAUGCUGUUAUUUGCCUUUUACACAACUUGUGAUGAUCUACUUACUUUGAGCAUAUUUAUUGCCCAAAGGGUAUAUAGUUAUAAAUCAAUCGUUAAUCAUUAAUCUUUUUAUUCGACUUUCUUAAGAGACUUUUAUUUCUAUAACUAUUAUAAUGCAAUAAAAGGUUUGGUUUGGAGGGUCAGUCAAGACAGAGGAUAUAAGAAAUUACCACAUUUGGUUGUUGGGACUUUUAAGGAAAUGGCUAACAGCAUGAGAGUGACUCACACACUGUCAUGUGUUGAUUCACAGAUACUUGCCGAGGUCUUUCUUUCCCUGGCAAACAAUACUUCCACCACCUGCAUAGGCUUUUGAAUCUUUUCAACGUAUUAGGAUUGUGACGUUUAAAAAUCUACAAUUACAAUACGUUUCAUUUUGAGGCAUGACUUCUGUGAAAUGAAUGAAUUUAAUAAGCUUUGAUGAUUCUGUGCAUACUGAAAGAGUUUGUGAAGGCAUUAUAAUGAAGUAAUCGUACCAGGGGAACAAUGAAACACUCCAACUUCCCCCUCUUUUUCCCCUCUUGUUCAUCCUUCCUUCUGUCUGCACUGGUUCAGCAGGGUUGCAGUCAUGCAUGUGGACCCUGUCUUUCUGGUGUGUCCUCUGGUUUUUGCUGCAGCCUUAUGGGGGGCGGUCCAGACUGCCUCUCCUAUGCCCUCCGUCCCAGACCAUGUCCAAGCACAGGUUGGCUCCUGCGUGGUGAUCCCCUGCUCUUUCACUCCUCUAGCUCCUCAUCCUCUCAGGGGGAGGAAGGAGAGGGUGGACGUGCGGCUGAGGUUCAGAGGUGGUGGUCACUUCUUUCCUCUCCGCAGCACCGCUUAUAACAGCGAGGACAGAGACCAAGUGAGCAGGGAUUUCCAAGGCCGGACGUCCCUCUUCGGGCGAAUUGCAGAUGGAGACUGCUCGGUGAAGAUCGAAAGGAUCAGCCAGGAUGACUCCCGGGUGUUUGAGAUGGCUCUGAAGAGAGGGGAUGAUCUACUCUGGGGGAAGCCAAGGAGCUUCAAUCUGGAUGUUGCAGAGACUCUUGAGGCUCCAGUCAUCAGCGGCAUGCUGUCCGCCACAGAGGGACAGCUGGUCACCCUGAACUGCUCCGUCAGCUAUCACUGCCCCUCCAGACCUCCUGCGCUGCAGUGGAGGUGGGAGAGAGGAGCUCAGCUGAACAGCACUGGGCCUGGGGAGGUGCAGACACUCCACCUCCAACCUGAGCCUGACAGGCUGGUGUUACUGGCCUCUCUGUCCUUCACGGUGUCGCACCAGGUGAAACCAAAACUCCGAUGUGAAGUCAGUUACCCAGGAGCAAAAACAUUGGCCUCUUCUCGGGAACUGCAUGUGACAUUUUCACCAAAGGAUGUAGUGGUUCAGGUCCAGUCCCUGACUGUGCACGAGGGGGGCAGCGCCUUGUUGGUUUGCUCAUGCAAAGCUGACCCUCCGGCAUCCGAGUAUCGCUGGUCCUACACCCAACACGGUCACACAGUGCAUCUCCACCAGCGCACACACAUAGUCCGGGUGUUCAACGUGACCAGAGACAUGAAGGUCCGCUGCUCAGCACAGAACCUGAUUGGGCGAGGAGAAUCCCGGCUCACAGCGCUGAACAUACAAUAUAAACCAGUCAUCCUGCGGCUCUCUUCCACCUGUGCUGUUGAGAAUUUGUUGGUUCUGUGUCGCUGUUCAGUUGACUCCAACCCCAAACCCGCCGUCACCUGGAGCGUGAACGGGACGGUUCCGCCUCACGAUUACAACGUGUCAGUGACAUCUGAGCCUGGCGUGCUGGCAGCUACUCUGAUGGGCCGCAUGGACAAACCUCAGACGGUGAUUUGCUUUGCUGUCAACGCACUGGGAAAUGACUCCCUGGUGUUGCUGCAGGGAGGACAAGACACAGCUCCUUUGUUGUGGUUGGUGAUACCGGCUGCGGCCGUCUGCCUUGUCUUCUUCCUUUUAUCUCUUUGCUUGUACUGCUGCAGGAAGAGAGCUGGAAAACAUGUCCUGAGUAGACGCCCAGCCGUGUACCCUGGAGGAAUUUAUCAAGACCAAAUGCCCCUCUAUAUCAACUGUACAGAAGUGACUCAUAUCUACACCAACGGCAGCUACCAGCUUGUAUAUCAGAACUGUACACCUCUUUUUGUCCAUACAAAACAGAUGCGUCCAAUGGCCAGAAGAGGCGGUGAAAGAAGAAGAGCAGGAGAGGUUGGAGGACUAGAAAGACAAGCAGGUUUGGGAGUCAGAGGUUUAAGAGAGGUGCAGGGCACAACAGUGGCUGAUGCAGAGACGGCCAUCUACUUGGAGAUCCUCUGAGCUCCAUGUGCAGAAGCUAAAUGAUACACCUGCAAUGUUUAGUAGAUCUUUGUCCAAUGUCACUUUCAGUAAUUGUAUAUAUUCUUCAUCUUUACCUAUAUGCUACCUGCUUAUCACGACCACACAUGAUAUUAAUGGUCUUGAUUGGCAAGGUAUGCUCUACCCUCCUGUCCAUGUUGAACGAUUUCUGGCUCUGGUUUUAUAUAAUAUAUAAAAGAAGAAAAGAUGUGA